GAGGGGCGGGGCGAGGCGCGGGGAGGGAGCGGAAGUGCGUCACGGGCACUUCCGGUAAGCGCAGCGCUUCAAGAUGGCGGCGCUGGCGUUGAGAUGCGUCACCCGGCGCUGCCUCCUGGCCCGGCUCAGCCCCGGCCCCUCCGUGCACCACCUUGUCCCCAUGGCCACCACAGCCAAGGAGGAGAUGGCUCAUUUCUGGGAGAAAAACACCAGAUCCAGCCGGCCUUUGUCCCCUCACAUCUCCAUCUACAAGUGGUCGCUGCCCAUGGCCAUGUCCAUCACGCACCGCGGCACCGGCGUUGCUCUCAGCUUAGGUGUUUCUCUCUUCAGUCUGGCUGCUCUGCUGCUCCCAGAGCAGUUCCCUCACUACGUGGCCGUGGUAAAAUCCCUCAGCCUUGGCCCUGCUCUCAUCUACUCUGCUAAAUUCGCCCUGGUUUUUCCCCUCUCCUACCACACUUGGAAUGGAAUCCGGCACCUGGUGUGGGAUAUGGGGAAGGGCUUCAAGCUCACCGAGGUGCAGCAGUCGGGGGUUCUGGUGCUGAUUCUGACUCUGCUCUCCUCCGCGGGCAUCGCAGCGAUGUAACGCAGCUCCCCCCCAUUCACCACAUCCCAAAUGAUGGCAGAUUGGUUCCAUCCCAGCCCUCCUGGGGAUGGACAGACAGAAAGAGGGGGGGGCGGAGGGCAGCAUUUCCCCCCCCCCUCCCCAAUCUUAUGGGUGGGCAGAGGCUCAGCCCUGCUCUGCUCUGCGCACACGGCUGUGAUUCAGCCGCACUCUGGGCGCCGUGCCGGGGGGUUUCUUCCCCUUUGGGACAUUCUUUGCAGCGCAGCCCUUUGCAAUAAAGCAGCUUUGAUCCUUCUG